AUGGUGCCGGCUACCGACUCGUCCUACGCUACAUCAACAACAGGGGGAGCCAACAGGUUUCUUCACUCCAGUCAUGAUCCAAUCAGAGAGAACUCUCAGAUUGUGGACCCGGCUCGUGGUGAUGGCUCGCUCUCACCAGUAGCAGUGAUUGGCGGGAGUCGCUUGGAUCUCAAAGAGAAGCACGAGUUGGUUAUCGAUAUUGAUCCAGGAGAAGAUAGUCACACCGCAGAUCCACCACGUCCUUCCACACACCGUCAUCCUUCAGAGCCGCCGUCUGAUGGUCCCCCUGGUUCGAAAGCAGGACUGGGAACGAUUCAAGAGGCCGGUUCUCAUUCACAAACUGGCGAAGCAGCAUGGCGAAUCGUUGGCCCCUCAGAUUCGGUGCCCCUGUUGGGAUCUGGCGGCCACUCUGAGAUCGAAGAAUUAUGGCUGAAAGAUGAGGAGAGUCAUGGAAGGCUCUUGCCACACAGCUCUUCGGGCCCGACCAGAGCCCUGCCCGAUGUGUCGGUAGAGAUUUCUGCCCGGCCAGUGUCGAGAGCAUUGAGCUCGAGGGAGAGACGGCCGGAAGGAAUCGCUGGUUGUUUUGUCUUGUUUUUUAUUUUCGCUGGGUUGGCCCUGCUGGGACAAAUCUUUCAUAGUAUAUCAGUCAAAUAA